AUGCAAAGCCACCCCCGGGGCAAAACCAUCGCAAUACCGUUGUCACGACAUUCCAGGCAGGCGUGUCAUCGGGCAUUGAUGUGGCUUAACCUCCAGCCAUCGCCCGUACCAGCUCAGCCCUUCAACUCUCGAACUCGCUCUCAGGUCUUCUUCACAUGUCGACAAGCAAUCAAUCGGCUCUGGUUCUUAGGUCAAUUAUGCUCGCCGAUUUCUCUGAGCGCAUACGAACUGGCGCUGGAGGCGAUUGUUCAAUCCACCUGGGAUAUCUCACUGUAUAAGGAGACCCUAGCCGCGCACAAUAAGCUUGCCUUGGCAAACAAUCUUCCCCUGUUGACCGCAAACGAGGACUGGAUCAAUAGUACCCAGGACGAGAUCAAUCACACGCUUGCAAGACUUGAGAACAACCUGAAACACAAUACGACUAAUUGUAUUAAGGAUGGGAUCCGGUCCAGUUACCAAGCGCUGGGUGCCCAUUACCGCAAAGUGGGUGACGUUGGGAGCGCUCAUCGAGUGUUCUCGAAGGCUAGAGAACACGCCACGACCGCAUUACAUGCUGCCGAACUCUCCCUCGCCUCCCUCAACCUGGCACUCGACGCUGAAAACUUCAAGCUGGCUCAGAGUCAUGCGGCUAAGGCCCAGGGUGCUCUUGACACCCUCAUCGGAACCUUGGAGCUCAAGGCCGCAAAAACUAAGACUAGUGGAUCUACAUCCACCGUAGGCAUUGAUUCCCGUGACCCAGUUAAUGUUGUCAAUGCACUCACAUCGCUUGCCCAGGGAGACUUUGGGAGAGCGACGAGCUACUUUCUCAAGGUAGGAAAAGAUGCCGGAGAGAGCACUGGUGGAGAACUGCUGGCGACGGCGACCGACAUAGCGAUCUGUACGACCCUCUGUGGCUUGGCUCAUUUCGAUCGACAGCAGUUGAAAGACCGUCUGAUCGAUAACCUCGAGUUCAGGUCGAUGCUCGACAGCGAGCCCCAGUUGAGACGGAUCUUGAACUUGUUCAGAGAAAAUAAGUAG